UCCUGACGUAAGAAGGCGGCAGAUACUGCACUAAAUAUUCCUCGUUGACAUCACACUAACAAGAUCAAUUAAUGAGGACCAAAGUAGAUGUGGCCAAACAGUCUUACUGCUGGAUGCAAUCCCGACAGCGAAUUGUCAUUCCCGGGUUUUGGAAGUACUUGCGGCGGAAGUUCUUCAAGCAUGGCCUAUUUAAAGUCAACCCCGUACCCCGUGCCAGGCUUAGGGUUACAUGGACUACCAGUGGAUUCGCUCCACUCGUCCAUGGCAGGAUAUCCAGGAGGUAAUCAACGAAAACAGCGCCGGGAGAGGACGACCUUCACCAGGGCUCAACUUGACGUCCUGGAGACCCUCUUCGGAAAGACGCGUUACCCUGACAUUUUUAUGAGAGAAGAAGUUGCUCUCAAAAUUAAUCUGCCAGAAUCCAGAGUUCAGGUAUGGUUUAAAAAUAGACGAGCAAAGUGUCGGCAGCAACAGAAGCAACAUAAUCAGCAACAAAAUGUGGAGAAAACCACCAAAUUAAAAAACAAAGCUGCUACUACUAUCUUAACGAAGACUUCUCCAACACCAGUUUCAAUAAACAACAACACCAGCACCAGUUCUUCGGCCAGUUCACCAAGUGUAUCAGCAGCGCCGCAUCUUAGAGACAGCCCGAACUACAUAAAACCCCAGUUACAUGUCUCUACUGGCACUACUAGUUCGCCAACGAUUGCUUCAGCGACCUAUUCAAAUUCUGCAAACUCUAGUAUUUGGUCGCCUGCUUCAAUUGAUAGUUUUACUUUAGAACAACAUCGUUCGUGGUGUUCUUCCUCUCAACCAACGGUUCUGAGUACCACGAAUUCGUCAACAAAUUGUUAUAAUAAUUAUCCCUACUAUUCUAAUAUGGAUUAUCUCAGUUCGUCAACGAUGGGUCAUUCACAGUUUGGGGAAAACAGUUUAGAAUCCAGUUGGGGAAAGUCUAGAGAUGAAUCGUCUUGGUUUUAUAAUUCAAGCUGGGAUAGAAAAUGAAGACAUUUAGAAAACACGGAUUCACAAAAAUAUGAAGUUUUUGAUAAUAGUUAAGGGAUAUUACUUUUAUGUUACGUCAAACUGUACAUAUGUUACUUAAUACUCAGCCAUUCAAUAUUUUAACACUCGAGUGUCAAACUAGUGGGAUGACUAGUACGUUGUGCUUUGAUAAUUAAAUGAAUUAUUAUAAAUUUUAGUAAAGGAAAAUGUAGUCGGAGAUAGUCGCAAACUUUUGUCUGUAAUAUUUUUACCCAUAUGUUCAGGAAUCAAUAAAAUAUAAGAACAAUUCAUCUUCAUAUGAAAAUUUUAUAAAUUUAUGAUGUGGUAUUUUAAUUAUAUCAGUCAUUUUUAAUAUGUCUAAUAGGAAAGAAGAAUGAUAAUUAAUUUUUCCGUCAGAUUAUUAAAAUUGCAACUAUCGCCGACUUCACUAAAUGUUAACUUUAUCGUAUUUAUCAAAGAAUCGUAAUAUAUACAAUGGUUCGCCAAAUUUUGAAAAUAUCCCAAAGUCAUAUGCAACGUUUUUGAGAUUUUUUUCCCCAGUACCAUGAAAAAUUAGAUUCUAUGAUAAAUACUCCUACGAA